AUGUCGUACUCCUCCACCACUUGUCCGAACACCACGUGCUUGUCGUCAAGCCACUUCUUCCUUGUCGUGCAGAUGAAAAAGUGCGUGUCAUUUGUCCCGGACCAGCCUUCGCCAUCGACAGGUCCCGACGUGCUUUCUCAUGAUGAUCUCGGCGUUCUCGUCGGUCUUCGUGACGACGUCGGCGAAGAGCUCCAUCACGAUUCAGCGGCGGGGCUAGCUGCUAACCGUUAUGUCGAAAUCAAGUUUACUGAUAAAAGGAUAAAAAGGGACAAACGUAAAGUUUGGCAUAUGGAAGAUGAUAAUUAUAGCAAAUGA